UUAAUCUUUAUGUCAAACAAAAUUGAAAUCAAAACAAACAUUUUGUAUCUUGAAAAAAUCAUGGAAAAUCAAUUUAUUUUUUAACAGUAACAGUAAAUAAUACCUACUUUCAUAAUAAUUGCUGCACUAAUUGUGAGACUAAAAUUAUAAAUGAAAAGCGACCGAGUCAGUGUACGCAUAUAGGUUACUUUUAACGAUGGCUUCAAGAAAGCUUUGGGGCGAGUUUGAAGAAGAAAAUAGAGACGAAACUAUAUUGCAAAAUGUUAACUUCAACCCGAUAAUUGAACUGGGCAUGCAGAACAUCCCCGAGAUUCCCAUCACAGUCAAGUCGUCUCCAAUAGAACUUCCACAACCGAACCUGAUUACCCACACGAUACAGCUGCACGCGUACUCCCGCCAACUGACGGCGAUCCUCGAGCAGACGGAGAACGCCAUCUUCGAUGGCGCCCGCCUCGACCCCAUGAGCAUCCCCACCAUGCCGCCGGAGCCAGUCGUCAAACUCGAACAUGAGACAGUCCCACCUAUUAACUUUGUUCCUAAAGAUUUCUGUGACUUCUCUCUCGGCAAGGGCCCCGUGAUCCUGCCGUUCACGCCCGAGAGCCACCAGCGCGCGCUGCGGCAGUGCGCCGCCAUCGCCAUCGGCCACGUGGGCCUCGCCACCGCCACCAACACCGCCCUGCAAGCCGUGGCCGACUCACUCGACUACUACAUGACCAACAUGUGCAACUUACUCAGAACUGUAGCCGACCGAGAGGCUUCUGGCCUAUCAUCUGGCUAUCCAGAUAUUGUAUCAAAAGUAUUUGCUGAAUUAAAUGUUGGUGAUCUACAAGCAUUUUACCGGAACCGCAUAGUACGGUAUCAUGCGCAAGUUAAAAGGAAAUGUGAGGAUUUGAGGGGUCAGUGUGAGAGCCUGGCUAUUGGGGAGCUGGCUCCGCAGCUGAAGCUAGAGGAGGUACCGGAGCUGCACUUCCCGGCGGCGCUGGACGGGGCGUUCACCCCGUCGCUAGAGCCCGGCUUCCAGAUGCUCCAGAGCCUCGAGCAAGAGCAGCUUGGGCUUGACCUGUUAGAUUCCGUCAGCACUGACGAUAUCAAGGUGGAGGCGAUGGAGUUCUCGCAGCCGGAAACCACUGCCAAAAUACCCUCCCUGUCACCUAUUGCUAAGAAAAAACGUAAAUAAAUUAAGUUCAUAC